AUGGGGGUCGUUUGUUUUAGUAAUGGCGGUGGUAUUAUACUGAUUUUAGCAAUGAUUAUCAUCACAAAUGUUGCAGGUAAAGUCUGGUAGUUUUAUUUCUAAUUUGCCCAACUUCGCAUUAGAUUGUGCCUGGAUUAUAAAAUGUACCCAAGACAAACAGACAGACCUGUUUCGUGACAAGAAUUAGCCUGAACUGAGAGUCUGCUGUACUUGGGUGGUGUAUUAAUUAUAAUAGUUUCUAGAACAAGCGGCUUUCACCUCUUACGCACUUCGGACUUUAGAUUUUGUGCGCAUCCUCUCCAAAUGGCACGUACAUCUCCUUGAAAAGUGCUUAGAUUGAAAAAGCAAUUUCAAGAGCGCUUGCAUGAUAGCGCUAAAUUUGUUACAAGUACUUGAAACUUCACGAGUUCAGAAUUUCAAAUAGGAUCUCAUGUCGUUGUCUCAUCGUUGUUUGUCUCAAUUUGUGGCCUGUUAAUUUGUUUAUCUGUUUAUUAGUAUGUCUAAUAUCUGUCACGCCAUAGUGUAAAUUGUUAUGUUUAUGUAUGUUGUGGAACCCCGUUAUUGGAGAUUUUAUCUCUGUGUGGUCAUUCCAGCCAUUGUGUGUAAUUUAUAGUUGGUUUAUAUCUUUAAUAAUGGCAAAUUUGUAAAAAAAAAAAAAUUAAAAAAAAUAAAAUAAAAUAAAAAAAAAAAUUAAAAAAAGAUUAAAAUUGAAACGAGCUCGAAAAUCAUUCGUGAGAUUGCAUUGCAGCGCACAACAUGAUACACGUGCGAUUUCUUCUCUUGCCUCCGCAACCCCGUUCCAUUGCCAACUCCGAAGAAAAAAUGCCACGUGUAACCUAAGAUUUUACUAAUUUAACCUUUUCCUCUCACUAACAGGUGAACAUCAUCUCCAAGACAAAAACAGGUACUGUUUCUGUUUACUCUCUCCAUUUAAUAUUUUUUGCAAAUUACUGUAAAUUGCAUGCAUGCCUGUGGAAGUUACUGUAGAUGAAAUGGUGGAAAACGAUGAAGACAGAUAUUCCCGCAAGCUAGACAUUCGAUUCUAACCAGACUCGCUGGAAAACACAAAGUCUAGUUUAAAAUCAAAUGUCUAACCUGAAUCGCUUUUCUGAUACAAAACACAUUAUGUCCCGUACAGACGAGCAAGAUUUCCUUAACGAAUUUCUUGCUCGUGUAGACAACGAACAAGUUUUUUUCGAUCAAUUUUUCCUUAACAAGUUUUACGAGUCCGCGCUAUUUGAGUACGCAAACAAUUUGAUAUUCGUGUAAGACCCACAAAACAGAUUCAGCAAAGGUAUGUGUGAUCACAAAAAUUAGUCAACCCUAUAAAUCAUGAACCGAACUCUAGUUUUAAAUACCUCUAUCAUAUUAUAUGUUUCUUACACUAAGUAGUUACUAUGAUAUUUGUUCAAAGCUGCUUCCAACAAAGUUGUAAACAACUGAAGCCGUCUACGAUAACACACUUUUAACGCCUGUCGUAAAGAUUGAGUCACGAUCUUUCUCAUCAGCCGAAAGACGACAUUUUAGAACUGAAAAUACGCAGAGUGAUUAUAACUAGAGAAUACUCAUGAAUUAUAUGUGGUUUACAGGUAUAAACUAUUAUAAACUGGCCGUUGAGAAAAAUCGUGACUCUGUUUUUACGACCAUAUGGAAACCAGGCUUAAAAGCGAAUUUCAAAAUAAACGAGAUAUACUCUAUAGAAGUACUGCGCAAUAGACCUUUCCCCUUUUAACCAAAAUUUUGAUCUAGGCAAGUCUAGACAAAUGUUUCAUCACAGCUUGAAAGAGCAUCACAAAAUUAGUAAUAUUCCAAAGUUUCGUUGCAAAAUCUUGUAAAAUGAGGAAGAUAGAGCCUUGCGAAGUUUGCAAUUUUCAGUCAUUUUGAGUUACAAACGGGAAAUUGCAGCCCCAACACCCGAAUCGGAUGUCAAUUUCCCGUUUGUAAUACAAAAUGACUGAAAAACGGCAAACUUCGCAAGGCUAUAUUAUCCGAAUUUUACAAGAUUUUGCAACAAAACUUUGGAAUAUUACUAAUUUUGUGAUGCUCUUUCAAGCUGUGAUGAAAUUUUUGUCUAGAUCGAAAUUUUAGUUAUAAGGGGAAAGGUCCAUUAUACUUGUCGAAUUUUCCGUGCCCUACACACGAGACAAAUAAAACCUAUCAAUUAAAGUUUGCUGAUCUGCAUAUAGCCUACAUGUGGCUUGAUAGUGAAGCGUGGUUCGUCGUUAUUGUAUUCACCACCCAUUGUCAUGCACAAGCUAACUAAUGUUUCAUAGACGUAGAUUUAAAACUAUCAUAUCUUAGUGAUUGCUCAAUCUUUGUAUAGGACGUGCAUUCCUGCCGAAGCUGAACCAACGCUGAACUCGAGUUCGUGUUAUCCUUUGGUAAACUUUACCCGUCCUUUUUGUCAAAAUCGUGGAAUCACUUUACCCAACUACGUAAAAAAUACGCCCGACUAUCAGAAUAAUAGAAACGAUCAAGCUAACAAGGACUUCGACGGAUCACGGAAGCUGGGCGCAUCAAAACUAAGUCGCUUUCUUAAAGUUGACAUCAGCACUGUUAGAAAGUGCGGACAAGCAAUCCCCAUAUGGUAUUGUCAUUUAUAUUUUCCGAGUUGUGAUCGAACCCAAAGCGUGUUUAAAGAACAAAAGAUAUGUCGUGAAUCAUAUCUUCACUUGACUCACAUGUGUGGUGAACUGUGGGAUAGAUUUGUAAGUAUUUAUACAAUUAGGUUCCCGGAGGCAAAGAAGCUCCUUCGUGGCGAAUUACAACCAACUAGGAAUGCUGGUGGCUCACCAGAAUGCUGGUAUUUCAAUGGAGUCGCAAACUCUGCAGGUAACAUUACAAUCAACUCUCGUUCACUCUCAUUUUCGUUUGACAAAGGUUUCUUCUCAUUUUACUCCAUCAUCAAAAACUAAUCCUUCCUCCUUAGUUGUGUUCUGUAAUCAAAUAUGGAUGACAUGAGUAUAUGGUGUUUAUGGUAGACCACAUUCACACUACCACUCGUGGCUGAACCAGACUUUAUCGUCUAACCAUCAUAUUCUUUAUUGUAACACAUUUUUAGAUGCAUCUCCAGCUCCAGAAUGGGCUACAAACACAGGUAAGAACCCAGAGAGAAGCCUAGAUCAAACCAAGGGUUAGUCACAUGGGAGAGGAAAGCUUUUAUGAGCUCUUUCAAACACCACCGGGUUUUUUCUUGUCCUCCAGUUUCCUACUGCAAUAACCCCGGACCUAAUAGGAAUGGACCUCUCUGGACUUCAGGGAAAAACAAUUUAGACUGAUAAAGUAUAAAUAAUUUUAGUUUAGCUUAGGUUUCCAGUAUAAGUAAAGUUAUUUAGUUUAAGUUUUCCCAUGUGGCAACACUGGAACAAUAAGAGAUAAUCCUUAAUGGACCUCCAGAGAGAAUAGUUUAGAGUUGAUAGAGCUAUAUCCAGUAUAAAUAAAGUUUGUUUAGUUCAGGUUUCCUCCUGUUGUAACAUUUGACCUAAAUAGGCAUCACUCUUACUGGACCUCAAGGGAGAACAGUUUUGAACUGAUAGAGCUAUCCAUGCAACAUAAAGUUUGACAAUAUAUAAUAUUAUCUACAAUUAGUAUAAAAAUAUCUGUAAACAAUUAAUGUUAUGUCGCAAAACUGGGACAAUGAAUCCAGACUAAUAAUCAUCUUUCCACACAGAUUGCUUGUACUUAAACGGCAGCAGUUACCAUGGCAACAUUUCAGUGACAGCCUCGGGUAUUCCGUGUCAAUCAUGGCCAGAGCAAUGUCCACAUCGUCAUACCAUGAACAAAACAUAUCCAGAACUAAAUAACGCUAAGAAUUAUUGUCGAAAUCCUCAGAACUCUGGACAACGACCUUGGUGUUUUACUACAGAUAGGAACAAGAGAUGGGAGUACUGUCAUAUCCCUAAAUGUAUACCAGGUAUAGAGUAAUAUUGUAUUGUGAUAUGACUGAUAUCCCUAAAUUGGCUAAAUAUAUACCAGGUAUAGAGUAAUAUUGUACUGCGAUAUCCCUAAAUGUAUACCAGGUAUAGAGUGAUAUUGUACUGUGAUAUCCAUAAAUGUAUACCAGGUAAACUACCAAAGUUUGAGGUUGAAUCAGCCGAAAAAGAAUUAAACAGUUAAUUGUGCCCUAUGUCGCAUGCAAACGUGGAUCGUAUGGUGUAUGGCGCAGUCCCAUGCAACCUGCUUACAGCUUUAGGCAAAUGUUGUGUACUUAUAAAUCGGCCUUGCAAAACAAAGUUGUUUAAUUGACCACUUGCGUAGUAGACUAAAUUUUGAUCUAGACAAAAAUUUCAUCACAGCUUGAAAGAGCAUCACAAAAUUAGUAAUAUUCCAAAGUUUCGUUGCGAAAUGUUGUAAAAUGCGGAUAAUAUAGCCUUGCGAAGUUUGCAAUUUUCAGUCAUUUUAGAUUACAAACGGGAAAUUGACAGCCCAAUACCCUUUGGGGCUGCCAAUUUCCCGUUUGUAAUCUAAAAUGACUGAAAAUUGCAAACUUCGCAAGGCUAUAUUAUCCGCAUUUUACAACAUUUCACAACGAAACAUUGGAAUAUUACUAAUUUUGUGAUGCUCUUUCAAGCUGUGAUGACAUUUUUGUCUAGACGUGUUUAGAUCAAAAUUUAGUCUAUUACGCAAAUGGUCAAUUAAGAGCAGCAACAAAACCUCGAUGUUUUUCUUUUUUGCAUAGUUGAUGGCAGUUAUAGCAACUGGUCACUAAACAGUACGUGCAAUGUAACUUGUGGUGAAGGUGUUGAAACAUGGACACGAGAAUGUGACAAUCCUGAGCCAAAGUAUGGUGGAAGAAACUGCAGUCAUCUAGGAGAACCUGUUGAGUACAGACCAUGUUCAGCAAAGCCUUGCCCUGGUAAAUCAACUUUUUGUCAAUGAAAAACUCUCAGUACAAAGCGACCUUUGAUUUCCCGCUGUAUUUGUUAUUAUUAUCUUUAGUUAACGGUGGUUACAGCAACUGGACUUUGAGUAAAUCAUGCAAUGUUUCAUGUGGUGAUGGAGUGGAAAUAUGGCGACGUUUUUGUAAUAAUCCUGAACCAAAAUAUGGCGGUCAUAACUGCAGUGGUCUUGGGAACUUGACUGAGUUUAGAAACUGUAGCAGAAAACCAUGUCCGGGUAAGGUUAAAACUGAACUAUAAAAUAGAAUUACUAAACUAACUUUCUGCAAACUUACUGUUCUAUACUGGAUAUCCCUUUCCUAAAGACCUGUAAGAACCAUCCCUUAUUCUUGCUACAACGGGAAAACCACAAAAUGAACUGCAGUAAAACCCCGCAUAUAAGAACCUAGACUUUUCCAAGUUAGCCUAAACAGGUUCCUUAUGUACAUAAUGCUUACCAGGAAAUUGGGCUAAAAUAAAGUAGGUUCUUAUUUGCGAUAGGUGGUCAUAAAGUAACUGCUAGGGUGGGCUGGAGGUAAACCACAAAUUUUGCCAAUACGUUCGGUGACCCAUCUUAGGAUGUAGAUAAAAAUUUCAAAGCCCAUCUAAUCUUACAAAAGAUUUUUCAUGACCCACCCAAUCUAAAUUGGGAAAAUACACUUUUAUAAUAAAGAAACUUGCAGGUAUGAACAUUGUAAAUAUACACAUAACGGUAUUGACAUACAUAAUUCCACCAAGCUUGACCAACACGUUGAUACUGAGCUGCUCUCCAGUUGGUUGUAUUUGCUGUGAUUCGACCACUUCUUGUUGUAUAAACAAAGUACUAACUUCAAUAGCAUCAUUUGCAUUUGAUAAUUUGGAUAGUUUGUUUACCUUUAUUAUUAAUAUCUUUAUUUUUUGAAGUAGACAUGCAUGGGUUUUUGUUUGGUGGCCCAACCGUGGACAUACAAAAAAAUUGGCGGCCCACCGAAACUGCCCAAAGAUUUCCAUGGCCCAUCCCAAAUCACUCCAGCCCACCCUAGCAGUUACUUUAUGACCGGUCCCUUAUGCACAUAUUAUCUAUCAGAUUGUCCAUGAUGCUGAAAAACAUUUCUUCCAUUUUCGCUGAAGAAAUACAAUGAUUUGUUGUUGUUUUCAUAUGGACAUGUUAUUUUUCUGAAUAAUAUUUCCCAGGUUCUAGGUCGUUUUCAUUACUUUGUGAAGUGCUUAUUUUCUUUGAUUUAUAUGUACUUCGCCAAGUCAUUUACAACAUGAGCGGCCGUGUUGUAUCGGAUAUUGUAUAUCCGAUACAACACGGCCGCUCAUGUUGUAAAUGACUUUAAAAACGACUCAUAUUAUGAGUUCAUUGGCGAAGUAAUUUUAAAAUUAAACGUUGUCUAAGCCGAGAAAAUCGAAGUUAGAGUUUAUGUAGAUCAACAUGAAUCUGUAUCACAUAUACAGAUACGACAUUUAAUUUUUUUUAGUUUCACUCUAUAUGAUAAAAUAAGAACCUACUUUGAAAUUUUAGCCUAAACAGGUUGUUAUAAAUAACAGGUCUAAAUAACAGGUUCUUAAAUUCUAGGUUCUUAUAUGCAUGGUUUUACUGUAUGCACAUACCACUGUGCCACGGACAGUGUCUUAUUCAUUGCAUUUUUAUUUCUAGUCGAUGGUUCCUACGGCAACUGGACAACGUCACCAUGCAGUGCCACGUGUGGUCAAGGUGUGAAAAUAUGGAUACGACAGUGCGAUAACCCCCCUGGAAAAUAUGGAGGAAACUGCAUCAAGCAAGGUCCGGCUCGAGAGAUUCGGACAUGUAAAAUGAAACCUUGUCCAGGUAAGAUCUACCUUGCCUGAAAUUUAACGCAAUAUACAGCUCAAUUUAUAGCCUCCCAUGCUUUCAUUCAUUGUUACCCAGUUAUUAUUACAGCUUUGUUACACUGUUAUAACAGCUACCACUGAAAAGCUUUCAGAAAUUAUCGGAGGGGGGGGGGGGAGAGGCUUCAAAAUAUCAAGAACGCUAACUCCUUAUUUUAAAUGAUGUACAGUAUCAUAGUUAUUUAAUUGUAUGCUGGAAUAAUUAACUUUACUGGCUUACAGUUUGACAAAACGCGCUGGUUUCUUCCUUUGAAUAAACAAAACAAAACAUUGCAAGGGUCAGAACAAAUGUCUAUCUUGUGAUCUCUAACGUUCAUAGCAGAAUUUUAUUUCAUCAGCCUCUUGAAACUGGUGAUUACUAAUAACUAAACAAAGUAAAUUAUAGUCAGCAAAAAUAUUGUCCAUACGGCAUACUAUUAUCGCGACAAAACAGAGCAAUCGAUAAAUGAAGCCAAAAGAGGCGUUUUUUAUUCGAGUGAACAAAAGAUAUUUUAAAAAUUUCAGUCCACUUCGACUCUCAGAUGAUUGGUAUCACCGUUGCUGCUGCUGUUGUUUUUGUGAUCAUCGUAACAGUGGCAUGUUUUAUUUUCAUUCUUCGAAGACGAUGUCGAAACGAAGGUGAGGUCAAGUUCUAAUUUGUUCUAAUUGCAAGAAAAAUUAUAAGUAAGGCCAAAUAAAAAAAAAUACUUGGUAGUCACACUCUCACAAAUUUUCAGAGGCGGGCGGGCGGAUUUUUUUUAAAUUUUUACUCGUUUUUUAAUUUUUUAAUAGUAUUUUUGGAGGGGAUGGGGGGCGGUUUUUCCACCAUAUCGGUGAUAUUUUUUGUACUGAAGUUGCGAAGGCCGCCAUUUUGCUUUAAGAACCUUGUAUACCCAAGCCUACGCGCUCCUAUCGAUCAGUAUAUAGCGCGAAGGUCUGAGCAUGAGAAAAAUUUCAAAUAUUAAACUGUUUUAAGCUGUAAAACGAAGAGAUUUACAUAAAAAAAAUAAAAAAAAAUUCAGAGGCGGCAGAAAAUCGAGAGGCGGGCGGUGACGCUAACCAAGUAUUUUUUUUUAUUUGGCCUAAUAUUGAGAUUAUGGUGUACAAAUUACAGUUUUGUGUUAAGACGAUCGACUUCAUCCCGAACAAGUCUUUUGAAAGUUUUCUGCAAAUAUUUCAACAGCACUGUUGAAGAAUGAUUCGAUUGGUUAUUUAUCACAAAAAUUUAUUUUCUUGGCAGUCAAUAAGUUGGGCACUGUUGAAAUAUUAAUAAGCAAAAGUCAACUUAAAAUUGUAGCCCAUUAUCAUGGACGCUUCAAAGUUUCUCGAAUUUCCAGACAAUCUGUCGAUUGACUGAACUCACUGUAUUAAAUUAAAUUAAAUUAGUAUAAUUACAAAGGUGAUUAUCGAAAAUUGUGGCCGCUGAUUGGUCAAGCGACCUCGGAUUAUUACGCGAUAAUCACCUAAGCGGAUUUUUCAAAAUGGCGGCGAGUGGUUUCGUCGAAGUGACAGAUGAAGAAAUAAAUUAAAUUUUAAAGAAAAUACUGUACCUAAAAGCACGAAAGAAGUGACAAAAUUUGGCUUAAAAGUAUUUCGAGAUGGGAAACUACGAGAUGGGGAAACUACUUCGCAUAAAACACCGUUUUAUUUAAGUUGCCGUACAAUAGUUUAGACAUUUGUUUACGUUUGUAAAAAAAGUAUUUUCUACAACAGAUUUGUUUCAACGACAGUCAGAAUUCACAAAUGAGUUUGAAGACAUCAAUAUUGACGGAAUAAACAAAUGUUUAUCAAAAUUCUACGUUUCUAUAAGAAAAAGUGAUGGAAAUUACUACAAAAAGCAUUCUUGAUGGCGAUAUGAACGGCCCUGGAUAUAGAAAGCUAAAGUCACCGCCGUACGAAAAAAGAUUGAGAUGUGUUAUAUUAUUUUUUUUCAAAUAAUCACCUUUGUAAUUAUACUAAAACAAUUAUUCGCCUCAGGCUCGGUGAAUAUCGCUGAAUAAAAACCUCGACUUCGUCUCGGUUUUUAUUCAGCGAUAUUCACCUCGCCUUCGGCGAAUAAUUGUUAAUUAACGUCUGCUGAGAUUACUGAUCUAUAAUAUUGAAAUUUGAAUUGUCUAGGCUAUCCUUAUUACGCCCGUGUGUAUUUUUCACGGCAACGUCCCCGCGGUUCUCAACAGCCAGAAGACGGUAACAAUACUUCAGACGAAGUUCCGAGUUUACCACAAGAGCCUGGCACUAAAUAUGGAAACAUGACAAGUGACGGGGAGCCAGUUCCAGGCCUCUCGCGUGGUGUGGAGCGCUACAGAAGAGAUUACAUGAACACAAGACGCGCGCGAAAUUCAUGGUAUGACAGACUUCAGUUAAUUCGACCAUUAGCUAUGGACUGGCUUCGAAACGCUUGGGGAAAUGUUGACGAGUUUGGACGCCAUGUUUAUGACGUCAUGCAACGCGUCAGACAUGUUUUUGUCCCAUACAACAAGUUGGGCAACUUACCACAAGGCGACUCGGCCGGAAGUGGAGUGGAGAGGAAUAAUACUUAUAGUUCAAUGGAAAGAUCCACAGCAGUUAUAUUGCCCACAGAAAGUGAGAAUGCGUCGACGACAGAAAAUGUUUGA